GUCUUGCACGUACUCGAGCAUCGACCUUGAUGUUCACUACCAGAGUCCAUACCCAGUCAAGUGCUGCUGGAAGAAUUUCUCGCUCACUCUCAGCCCCACAAGUGCAACCCCCUGCCAGCCAACAAUGAAGGAGGACAUCGCGGUGCAUAAGGCUCGGAUAAAGUCCUUCCAGAUGACCGUGCUCGUAAGCAUGGUUUUCGUCAUGGUAAUCGGAGGUUGUGUGUUUGGCCUCGGUGUUAAAACACGUCCCGUCCUCCGUAUCACGAGAGCGGAAACGUUUCAUCAUGUGAAAUGGAUCUUGGACAUGAUGAUUGCAACGGGCCUGGCCCAACUAGGAACGGCCGGAUUGAACUGUUUUGCGACAUGUUGCAAACAAAUCUGGGUGCUUUACCUGGGCGUUGCUCUCACAUCUUUGAACGUGUGUCUGGAACUUGGCUCCAUCGGAACGUCCCUUCACUUGCUCCACUCGUCGGAUGAGCUGGCGAAUGAGGACGUGGUGCAUCCCUGGUACUGGGUCGAAUGCCAAGUCACCGAGAGCUGCCACUCUGCCCUCCUCUCCUACGUCUACUAUUUCGUCAUGCCGCAAGUGGCUCUGUCCGCCCUCGCCAUCUUCCUCCAGUGUUUGGUCGUCCUCACCAUGGGUCGCAUGGUGCGAACCGUGGCGGAGCACAGGAAGACCGUGGAGGCUUACAAGGAGUGGUACAGAGAACAUGGGGACGACAAUGAGGGAGACGCCGACGAGCCUCCACCACCGCCUGUCGUGGCGUCGGGCAGUAAGUCAGGGUCAAAACAGAAGAAGGCUGGUGUGUCGUCAGGGAUUGAGAUGACGCCGAUGAAGCAGAUUGACGAGCUGGAGGAACCCGACUUCACCAUCCUGGGAAAAGUCACGCCCAACGAAGGAUCCCUUUCUUCCGUGCAGACGCCUCCCUCUGAGCCCGCUCCCGAGCCCGAGUCCACCUUUGACCAUAAUUACCACACGCCGUCUUCCAUCCUCAAAGUGGACCACGGAUACGUCCAAGCCUCCGGAGGUUCACUCGACUACUUGGAUUCCCCCAGGAAAAAGGGGGGACUUCGGAAACCGGACACUCCGACCCCACCCAAAGGACUCGCUGGAGCACAGAGCAUUACGUUUCAAGAAAAUGUGCAAGUUCACUAUUAUGAUCAGAAUGCGGAGAUAUUGGACAGUGAAGACCCCGACAAGCUGUGAAAGUGUAUCGAAUGUUUACGUAUGUAACUAUAUAAGUUAUCCAUUUUUCAUGUUCAGAUAUAUUUAUGCAAAUUUAUUCACCUUUGUCAGUCAAGGAUAAUCCUUAAACCACAUACAAUUUACUUACAUGUAUAUUUUUAUCAAUGUCCAUCUACGUAUUAUCUCGGUUAAGCUCUACUUUUCGUUGUUGAACGUUUACAAGUGGUUCAAUUAAAUACGGAAUACUACGAAUAGUUAUUAUCUUA